UUUUUCCUUUAUCUCUCUCUACAGUGACCCGCGUGAAUGUUCCAGGCAUCCCAUCUGCUGGCGUGACGCCCACUUCCCCUGUCAUCCGUCGUUCCAGUGAGCCCCAACUAUGCCCAGGAAAUGGCACCAAACCACCACCCAGUGAACCAGGCAACAGCGUCCACCCCACCCCUUGUCACAGCUACCGACAGGCCUCCCCAUCCCCUUCCCUCAACAGCUACAGCGACCCGGACUCUGGCCACUACUGCCAGCUUCAGCCCCCCAUAAGGGGCAGCCGAGAACGUGUGGCGCCUGAACCCCCAACCCGCCUUGGCGGGGUCAAGAGCUAUGUGGAACGCCUAAAAGUGGAAGAAGGACAGCACUUGGUGGGUGGGCGGGCACCAGAGAACGGACCCCGUGACGGGGACCAGGGUGGGGGCUUCAUACCGCCCGUCAUAGAGGUCACUUCUUCCUUCAACCCCACCACCUUCCAGUCGCUCUUGAUUCCCAAGGACAACAAACCCUUGGAGAUGAGCACCCUCAAGAAGGUGAAGGAACUGCUUGCGGAUGUGGACGCCAAGACGUUAGCCCGGCACGUCACCAAAGUCGACUGUCUGGUUGCUAGGAUACUGGGUGUUACCAAGGAGAUGCAAGGGCUCAUGGGAGUCCGCUCGGGCAUGGAGCUGCUCACACUCCCCCACGGUCGGCAGCUCCGACUGGACUUGCUGGAACGGUUCCAUACCAUGUCCAUCAUGCUGGCUGUGGACAUCCUGGGCUGCACAGGCUCCACAGAGGAGCGGGCAGCCCUGCUGCACAAGACCAUCCAGCUGGCGGCAGAGCUCCGAGGAACUAUGGGCAACAUGUUCAGCUUUGCUGCAGUCAUGAGUGCCUUGGACAUGGCCCAGAUCUCACGACUGGAGCAGACGUGGAUGACUCUGCGACAGCGGCACACAGAAGGGGCCAUCCUGUAUGAGAAGAAAUUGAAGCCCUUUCUGAAAAGCCUCAAUGAGGGCAAAGACAGCCCUCCACUGAGCAACACAACCUUCCCUCAUGUGCUACCCCUCAUCACCCUUCUGGAGUGUGACACAGCACCCGCAGAGGGGCCAGAGCCUUGGGAAAGCACAGAGCAUGGGGUAGAAGUCGUUCUUGCCCACUUGGAGGCUGCUCGCACUGUGGCCCAUCAUGGAGGCCUGUACCACACCAAUGCUGAGGUCAAACUUCAAG